GCUCGUUCGAGUCCAAGAUUCAGAUGAAACAGCUACAGGAAUGUCUGUCGUUUUCAACGAAAAGUUCAGACUGUCAGAUACCUGGGACAAUAAUCAAAAGCCUCAAGGACUGUCGCAAGUCACUUGGAGAACCAACUGGCCAUGCUGUGUAUCAGAAAUACGUGGAACAUUUGCAACAAUCAGCACCAGAAUGCAUGGAUCUCCAAGUUCUGCCCUAUCUACAAGAAUGCAUUCAAUUGAGUUGGUUGAUGUGUAUCCAGGAUCCGCCUGUCGUUUUAAGCCCUGUUGGUACACAUGGCUCAAGGUUCGACACUGAUGUUUACAAGGCGUACACCAAAUGUGGUCCCAUCGUUGACUAUGUCGUCUGGCCAGCUCUUUGUCUCCAUGAGAGAGGUCCAUUGCUUUGCAAAGGAAUCGCACAGGGAUAUGGCGGGAAGAAAACAGCGAUAUAAAUGCAGUUAGCGAUUGGUUCACUGCCUUUGACAUCCUCUUAUAAUGUUUGAACUAUAACAAUUACUUUGGUAUUUUUGGUUAUAAAUUUAAUUAUACCAAUAUUAUAGCCUGCAAAAUCAUUGCAUAUGAACUUGA